AUGAGGCAGCAGCCGAGGCACAGCUUCUCGAAAAUGGGGAGGCCUGGAGCAACACUAAGUGCACUUGGAGAGGGCGCCGCGGAAAUCACGUCAGGCACGAGCAAACGGGGCUUCGACGGGGUCACAGUCGACCGUGGCGGUUCAGUCGGUUCGGGAGGUGGAGGCUUUGAAGAGACACCAGGGGAUGGGGAACAAGUGCUGUUGCCCACCGUAAGGGGUCUCCCGCUUCUCCUGCUGCCACACCAUGUUGAAAUUAUAUGGCAGGCAAGCGACAGUGAGGCGACCGCCACGGCGAGGGCCUCAUCUGGGGCGCCGCUGCGAGAACCGGGAACUGAAGCACCAGCAACGAGCAUGGCUAAAAUAGAGGAGCUGGAAGGCUCUUCUUCAGGAACCGCUGCCUCUGGCGACAGUAAAAGUGGUCAAAAUCCGACGGAUUCAGCGCCUGGCCGGAAGCCUACUGCUGGUUCGCAAGCAGCAACAAGUCAGAAUCAGCGUGGCACCGCCGGAGGCUCGACGUUGGGAAAAAAGUCCUCUGUGAACUCCUCUCAUUUGCGGGAGAGUGUGGCCAGGGGAGGGAAGGACGGAGGGUCAGCCCCGGGUUCGCGGGCACAAGGAUCCACUCUUGGCGGGGUUGCACCAGGACCCGCUGGCGGCGGAGCCGGUCGAAGUGGAAAACUGCGACCGGGAUCCGCGAUGACCACUCAGAACUCAGAUGAAGACCGCGCUGUGCCGCGUGAAGUAGAGAUGCGAAGCUGCGUUGAAGAGACCUGUCGAAUCUUGCGCUUAGGACCCGAAGGACGCCGAAAACAAGCGGUUGUCGACUUCCAUAUCUUCAGCCUCUCGUUUGCCCGAGAAGCACAGCUUUGCCCGGCAAAGGCUGCCCUCUUCGUGUCCAUUAUGGGCGCUGCUCUUGCACAGAUUGAGAAAGUGGCAAAAGCCGUGAGCAUUCGAGCCUAG